GAAUAUAUAUAAAGGGUCUUGACUUCUGCCCAUUUUGCUCUUCUUCACAUCUUCUGCUUGUCCGAAUUCAUUUUUAUCUUAUUUAUUCGUAAUUUUUUUUUUUCUUAUUCUUUGUACAUAAUUCUAUUAUUUACCCUUAAAAGCAACAUGAAUAACGCAAGGAAUUGCAUGUCUAUUAAUGCACUUGUAGACCAUAAUGAUACCACUACUAUGAGUAGUAGUAGUAGUGCUACUGCUGCUACUGCUGCUGCUGCUGCUGCUGCUACCACAAUCAAUGACUUACCUCUCACACCACCAAGUUCGUGUAAAAGCCGUUCUCCUACGCCUAGCUCAACCGAAAGAGACGAUAUACAGUACGAUACUAGAGAAAGAAGAAGUAGUCUGCAACUCCCAAUGUCAGUGGAAGAGAGACGUUACCGAAAUAAGUUAGCCUCCGCCAAAUAUCGCGCAAAGAAGCAAGCCAGCAUGAAAUCCAUGGCUAACAAAGUAUCUCAGUUGAUGAACAGUAAUACGACACUGCAAAAAGAACUUAGUCGAGUAAAGCAAGAAAACGAGAUAUUACGUGCUAUGCUCUUGACUCAACAAACCGCCACCAAUAUUGCCUCGGGUACUGUUCGCUCUUCUUCCGCAUCUACACCCUUACAUUAUCACAGACCCACUGCAGCAUUCUUUUAAGUUUCUUUUUCUAAAGAAC